AUGCUUCUAUGUCAAAUAGUUUACUUGAGCUGUAAAACAAAGCGGCUGGCAAGCGACCAAGUCGCGCAGUGCGACAGUCGACACGAGUGGAUGAGCGCACGAUUUGCAAUGGCAACGAACGCCGAACACUGGUUACAAAGACAAACGUCACAUAGAUAUGCCGCCUCGCCUCUUUACCUCUCAUCGCCGUGCUUAGAAGAAGCUCGAAAAUUUUAUGGUCGUUGUAACGCUGAUCGUUAUCACCACGCGCUCCCACCCUUAUUAGGAACCCCGGUGUCAAGGGUCGGCGCUGUAAACCAGUGCUCUAGUGUAUUGCAUGCGGUGGUUGGCUUUGGAAUACCGUUUACAUGUGUAUUGUAUCGCAAGAAAUGCUCAACGGAGCAUUUGUUGGGCGGGCGGCGCGUGCGCGAGGCGCGGGGUGCGGGCCGUAGGACGACGACCGUGCCGCACCGCGCCGCCUGCCGCGCGUUUCGCCUGACACCACACUCACGCUUCGGCCGUCUGGCCGAUUUCAUGAUUAAAGAUUCACCUAAAAACAAUGUUGAAGGAGGCAGCAAGAAAGAAGGCAAGAAAAAAAAUAGUAAACAAAGAACAGAAAACAAUGGGGCGGUGAUAGGUCACAAAAACGAAAAAUCUUCUGAAACUGUAAAGACGGAAAAAGAAAACUCGAAACGUUCGCCGGCUAAAGAAGCUGAGAAUGAGGCGAGUCCAGAGAAUAGCAGAAAUGCAUCUCCCAGAUACCACGAUGCGUCAAUGGAUGAUGCAUCGGACGCAGGCUCCCUGUUCCGGAUGACGAACGCGGCUGGUGGCGGCAAGAACGAGCUAGUGGCGCGAGGGGGAAGCGGGGGUGCUCUAGCUCUGUCGCGAGCGCCGGUCGGCGGCAGUGCCAGCCCCGCGCCCGCGCCUCUCCCGCAGCCCGCCCCGUCGCCCGCGCCCGCCGCGCUGCCGCCGCCGGCCCUACCGCCGCCACCCUUCCGCGCCGACACCCCGCAUCGUCCCAACAGCGCACACAUACCCGCCAUCGACGGCCACGCCGCCACACAGGUCCCCGCGCGGCCGGUCGGAGCCGCCGGGCCCGACACGCCCGAGCGACCUGCCAGCAACAACAAGCUGCAGCCGGGCGCGCGUGCCGCCGCCGACAGUCCCACGCCGGCGCCCCCUGCGCCGCACGCGCCCUCGCCACUAUUCCCCUCGCACACCGCCUACCAGGCUCACGCCGCCGCCGCGCUGCCCGACUACCGCCACACCAACCACGAGACGCGGACCGAGCAGCCCCCGCCCGAGCAGCCGCACGCGCCGCUCGACCUUCACGCGCACCAUGCCGCCCCGCGCGCGCCGCACGCGGCGGCCGCGGCCACGCCCCCCGCGCACCCUAGUCUCCCCGCCCGCGUCCCCCACUCGCAAUCCCAUCCCGUCAUGCCCGGUCACGACGUUCGAAACGCGUCCCCGGCGACGCAGAGUCUCCCUUCCGUUCCUACCUCGUUUCCAAAUCGUAUUGUGUCAAAUGGCGUGCCACAGAGUAUAUCGUCGCAAAUUCCGUCGGCGUCUACUCCCAGUAGUCUUCCGAGUCAACAAGCACCAGGGCGGCCCAUGUCUCCCACUACACCUAUAUCGCGUCCCUACCAAGCCCCGGCGAUCGUGUCUAGUCAUGUAAACUCGAGUAUAAGUUCCAGUAUUCACAGCCAUUCGAUAGCCUAUCAGAGUCAAUCGAGUCUACAGAAACAUUCCGUUCAACCGGUAUAUGCGAGUCGACCCUCUCAUCAUACUGCUUUUAGCGUGGCAAAUCAUAUUAACUCAAAUCAUCUGCCUUCAUCAUCAAUUCCACAGACAGCUCUACAUUUCAGUCAUCCUAUAAACAGCCACAGCAUUAUGAGCCAUCAGAAUAGUAUUCCGUUAAGUAGUUCGAACCCCUUGUCCACAUCCACUCCAAACCACAUCAGCUCGAAUCUCACGAGUGCCACGACCACUAGUACCAUGUCUAACUUUACGCCGAGCCUUAAACAUCCGGGCUUGAGUCUUCCUUCCCAUCCGGCACCUCUCACAUCAGUGCCUUUGCAUCAGCCUAUGAAUCAUAUGGAUCCCAUUAUAACCUCGAACGCGCCCGUAGUUCCAACUCCGGCAUCUAGUACUAGCAGCGUAACCAGUCAUCACCUAGCGCCUCCAAUAGUAGAUUCUAGGCAGGUGACCAAUGAAGUUCCGGUCCGUUCUGAAAGUUUGGCAAUCGUGAGCUCUAUGGCCAGCAACGGCUACCCUCCACCUGCCGUGUACACGGGGAGCUCUUAUCCGACACUAUAUGCUCCCUACGCUCCUACGCUUCAACAUAGUCCUUACCUUCCGCCGUCUGCUGCGUCACCUAGAAAUACAGCAGAUGCGAGAACAAACCUGUCAGCGUCGCCGUUAGUCGCACCGAAGACGCCCAAAGGUCUGAGGCCGCACACGCCGGGCUCGCUCGGCGCUGCGGGAGCGCACGCGCCGCUCUCUUACUCGCCUAGAGGACAUAGUCCGAGUAGAGAAAGAGAUAGCUUCAGCAGCAACAUCAGCAGCCUCUCGCGCAGCACACCCGCGUCGGGCGGCGCCGGCGCGACCCCCGCCGUGUCGUCCGCCCUCACCGCGCCGCUCGCCGGGCCCCUCCCCGCCCCGCUCGGAGCGCCGCUCGCUGCCCCGAUACCGGCGCCCAUACCGGGAUCAGUACCACCUCUGGGCAGCUCUCUAGGGCCUCUGACCACUGGUCUAAGUAGUCUGGGUGGUCUGAGCGCGCUCGCAGCGCCCACCCCCACCGCGCCCACGCCCGCCGCGCCGCACCUGGCGCACUCGCUGGCGCCCGUGCCCACCGUGCCCAGCAUCAGCUCGAGCGCGAAGCCGCCCGCGCACUGGGGGGUAACCAGGCCGUCAGCUGCGGAUCGGAGUGGCGGCUUCGCGCCCGCACCGCCACUGUUCGGCGCACCGCUCGCGCCGCCUAACCCUAACCCUUUCUCCGCCGAGUCACUUUUUCAAUCGAGUCCUGGUGCAGAUCUGUUGCGUCGCGAGUUGGACAACCGGUUCCUAGCGGCGGCGGGGGCGGUGGGCGUGCGCACCGAGCUGCACCACCACCAGCACCAGCACACGCACGUGCACCAGCACCCGCCGGCCACGCACGCGCCGCACGCGCCCCACGCGCCGCACGCGCCUCACGCUCCCCACGCUCCCCACGCACCCCCGCAGCCACACCACCCGCAUCAGUUGUUAGUGCCGCAUUCGCCAUUGUUCAAAGACGUUGGGAAGAUGACAUCAUUGUACCGAAGUGGUAUUGGACUUGGUUAUCCAUAUUCUUCAAGUCUUUUACAUCCAACGGCGCCUUAUGUACCGCCUGCACCACUAACUACUUACGCACCUAAGAAAACUGGCAAAUGGAACGCAAUGCACGUACGAAUCGCUUGGGAGAUCUACAACCAUCAACAAAAAGAGAAGACCGGUGGCGCCAGCGUGGCCGUCAGCAGCGCGGAGAAGGAUAAGCUGCGCGCCUUCCCCGCACCCGCGCCGCCGCCGCCCGCCUACCGCUCGCCCUACGAGCUGCCGCCCGCGCCCUACCUGUCGCACCACGCGCCCCUAGGUAUGGUGCGCUACCCCGCGCGCCCCUCCCUCACACCCGCCCCGCUCGCCGCGCCCGCUGACCGACAUUUGGGCGUUUCAGGGGUAUCGCCGUUCGCGCGCUACGGCGCCGGCGCCUUCCCCGCCGCGCCCGGCCCCUUCGCCCUCUCGGCGUACGGCCGCGAGCUCGCGCUCUCCUCCUCGCUGCACGGCGUGCACCACGCGCCGCCCCUGGGCGCGCUGCACGACGCGUGGCGCGGCGCGCGUCCGCCCGUCUCGGCCGCGGAGGUGCGGCGCGAUCACGAGGAACGCGAACGUGCGCGUCGCGAGCGCGACGAGCGCGAACGCCGCGAGCGAGACGAGCGCGAGCGCCGGAAGGCCCGCGAGCAGCGCGAGCGCGACCUCGAGCGCGUGCGGACGCGUUCGCCGCUGCGCAACGGUGCACCGGAGCCCCCCAAGGAGGAACGCAAGGAGCCGCCGCGACCGCCGCCUGCGCUCCCCGCGUACCCGCCGCCGCCGCAUUGGGACGCGUACCGCGCCUUCGACCCGCUGCAGCACAUGCGUUUCGCGCCGCUGGUGGAGGCCGCCAUUCGCGCGGAGGAAGACCGCGCCAAGAUGCUGAGCGCGUACGCGCACCAUCACCACCAGCUGAAGGCGCCGCUGCUGCACCGCUCGAUGCCGGGAGGGCCGCUGCCGCCGCUGGGCGCACACGCGCACGGGCACCCCGCGCUCGCCCCGCUGGCGCCGCUCGCGCCCUCGCUGGCGCCACUCGCGCCCCUCGACUUGCUCAAGAAAGAGGAGCCGCGA